AUGCUGGAGGCAGAGCGUCGGCAGCGAAGGCCUGCCGUUAAUAAGCCGACAGCGCUUAUCUCAGUUGAAGGGUCAAAUCUAAAAGGCGCAGAUUGUAUAUCCAGUGAAAGGCCUGCUUCUCAGAGCUAUCCACCUUCGCUGACGGAAGGGUCUACAAAUGGAUCUGCCGCGGUAAGCCAGCAGUCCAAUGACACAGUUUCUAUGGAUAGCACCAGGGCUAGCUCUCGAGUAAAUCAACCACACAAUCUCAACCUAAAUAACUACAACACUUCGUCGCCUAGAAUAAAAGAGACCUCAUCGCAGCUCGGCGGUACAUUUCAGAUCCACCGUAGGGCUGGUUUGCCGGGUGGACCUCUUGCUAUAUCCGGUACUACCACACACAAAGGGCGUUCGUUUGGUCAAAGUCAUUGGGUGAAUCUGAUUUCUCUGUUUGAUGACAUUUGUGGGACAGUCGAGCGGCAUUUACAACACAACCGACCUAUUGCUCUUUCCAAUGUUGAAAAAUGUAAGGCGUUGGCUAGAACUAUCAAGUCGCGGCGAGUACCCUCGGGCCCUAUCAAUCUCACUCUGGAUCUCCCUUCCAAAAAGGUGUCUGACGAGCUUGUGGACUGUUACCUCCAGACGAUAGAGUCUGUGUAUCGAAUUCUGCACAUCCCAACCUUUAGAAGGGGCUAUGAGGCACUGUUCCUGUCUGCAGUAAACCCUGCAGUCAACGACGCUUUCGUAGUUCAGGUUAAAUUAGUACUCGCUAUCGGUGCGGUCACCUACGACAAGGACUUCUCUUUACGGGAUCUGGCAAAUAAAUGGAUAUAUGAAGCCCAGGCCUGGCUUUUGGACCCUAAAUUCAAAUCAAGAUUUAACAUUCAAUCAUUACAGUCACAUCUGUUACUUCUGUUUGCCCAAGAAAUGGUAGGCAUCGACGGAGAUCCGAUGUGGGUGUCAGUCGGUACCUUGUUAAGAAGAGCAAUCUAUAUGGGGCUGCAUAAAGACCCCGAUGGAGUACCUGGAAAUACCUUGUUUGUGAUAGAAAUGCGUCGCAGAGUCUGGAAUACGAUUCUUGAAGUUUGCCUUCAGCCGAGCUUAACUUCCGGGGGACCUCCAUUAUUCUCUAUUGAUGAUUUUGACACAAAAUCUCCGAGAAAUUUCGAUGAUGAACAAAUCGAGGAUUCUACCGCUAUACAAAAGAAUGAAUUUACCCAAACGUCGAUCUCCAUGGCUCUCCGUGACACUUUGCCCCAGCGCUUGGCGGUGAUAACUUUUUUGAACAGUCACGGUUCUUUAGGCACCUACGAAACAACUCUUCAACUUGACAAGGAUCUCAGAUCUGCUUACAAGUCUUUAUGCCACACUAUACAAGGCUAUGUUCGCAAAUCUUGCCCCUCGCCUCUGUUUGAGUUUCGCGCAGUUGAUUUAAUUAUACAACAGUAUCUUUCCUGCCUGCAUAUGCCUUUUUUCGGUAUAUCUUUGCAAGAAUCAGCUUAUACAUUCACGAGAAAGGCUAUUAUUGAGGCCGCUUCUAAAAUAUGGCAUAGCAUCUAUCAGACUUCCUCCUUUCCCCCUCGCCAGCCGAAUGAAUGCCCUGCUUCGUUGCCUCAUGAUAGGUUAACUCUCCUAGCCACCUGCGGCUCGGGAUUUUAUCGAACUGCUUUACUUCAGGCUACCCUGCUUAUCGCAGCAGAGCUUAGAGCACAGAUUCAAGACAGUGAAAGCCUAGGCCCAAUACCCUUAAGUCAAGAUCUGUUUACAGUGCUGAAAAACGCGAAGGCCUGGUCUAUACAAUGUAUAGAAGCCGGCGAAACCAACAUUAAGGGACACCUGCUCAUAUGUGUAAUUGAUGCACACAUUCAAGCACUCCUGAAAUAUCCAGUGGAGGAUUGCACUCCCGCAUCUUUAAUAGGCGCGCUUGAAGAUGCAUCUGCAGCAUCAUUAUCCAUACUUAGCCGCGUGGCUACAAUGGACAAUGUUGAGCAUUCUACUGGCGCACUUCACGAAAUGCCUCUUGAUAAUAUGGGUGAAGGAGCAGAAGAUUGGCGGUUCAUGGUAGGUGGUGAACUUCCCAAUGCAUCUCCCAUCUUUAGACCCCACCUCACUCAUUUCAUUAGAUGGCCGAUUCAAUGUUCAACCUAG